GGAGUUAUUGAGUGCACCUCGACCAUUCGAGGGUCGUCCUUUGAUCAGUCACACUUUGGCGAGGAUCCGGUGGAACUAUGGCUUCCGAGAUUGGAGAGGGCAAGUUGAAGUUGGGUUUGAUAGUAUUGCUAAUCUUUCCCGUGUUAUAUUUCUCAAUAGAGAGCUUUCGGAAAUAUCGCGAUAGCAAAGUUUCAGUCAGUACUCAAAGGGACAAUUCACAUCUGACUUUACCUUUUCCCUCAGUCACAAUUUGCUCUGGAUUUCGGAAUGGCUUCUUGACGCCAGAGAAACUAUUAGAAAUCAACAAGUCCGAAGAGCUCACGUUGGACAAGAUCCACGAGUUGACCUAUAACAGAUCAGAAUUUCUCACCUAUUUCACUCAAGCCGUGGACAACGAUUUUUCUAUCAAUAUGGUGGACAAGGAUGAAUACUGGUCCGAGGAAAUUCACGAGUAUUAUGGUGGACGAUGUUACACCUUCAACCCUCCCGUUCUGUCAAAACCCGGCGAGACUAAUGCGAUAAUAUUUGGGAUAAGAAAUCCGGAGCGAUAUUGGACCUAUCGCUGUGACAAUUUUUCUACGCUAGAGUGUCACAACCAAUAUCCCGUAUUCUUUCAUCCAAAAGACGCGUUCAUCUUCAACAAGGGCAACAAAUUCGUGGGACAAUCAUUCUUGUUCCCUGAGGCUAAGAAGAAGCUCAUGCUGACUCUUACUCAUCGAAGGAUCAAUCGGCUCAAUCUUACAUACGAUCCUUGCCAAGAAAAUGGCAAUAUCAACGAAUUUAGGCAUUGUAUCCUAGAAUCCUACGAUGAGAUAGCUGGAUGUCGAAUGCCUUGGAGUAAGAAUGGAACACUCAGGGUGUGCAACGGUUCCGAAGUUCAUGGGCGGUUCACGUCAAAGGAACGAAAUUUGUGGUGGGAUGUGGACCGGAUAGUGACAGAAACCACGAGAUGUCUGAAACCAUGCAGUUUCGAGAUUUUCGAGUGGUAUCGUACCAAAUAUGCUUGGGAAGGAAUCCCGAAGGACUUGUUUCCAUCUCACACUGAAACUGUAUUUGCGAUGCAAAUCUAUUACGUGGACACCACUACCGAGAUCACUGAAGAGUUCGUUGCUUACGAUGGUUUCAAUAUGGUUGGGGAAACGGGUGGAGCUUUGGGACUCUUCUUGGGAUGGUCAUGUUUUCAAUUGCUUUUUGAUUUCUUACAGUUCUUAAUCAAUCGAUUCUUUCGCCUGAAAAAGCUUUCCACUCAGAUUAAAAGCUAAAGCAUGUUAUUUUAGAUACUUGACUUGAAUGCUUCUGAGAAUCGCUCUAUGUCAAAAAGACAAGACUGCUCCCCAGUUUUAGGCUGAAUGAAUAUCAAACCAAAGAAACUUGGAAAAAAACAACAACGAGAUAACGAUUGCUUUACUCUGUGGUCAAGAAUAAAUAUUUUCUUUUCUUAAGA